GUGCCUGUCUCUUCAUAAUCCUAUCAGUGAGCACGUUUCUUUAACCGUCGAUCUCUUCGUCCGUCCCAUUUUAAUCUGAAAAAAAAUCGCAAAAAGAAAGACAAGUGAGACAAGAUGAUGUUGGUGCCGCUGGUCGUGGUACUUUUUGCAGCGUUGGUAUACGCCCAACCAGCUAUAAAUGAAAUUCGGCCACAAAGCAACAGGCCAGGAAGAUUCCUGUCUCUUCCCAUACCUCAAAAAUGUGCAAACCGACCGAAAGAAUUCAACUACAGAGGACACAAUUACUUCUACAGCGGACAUAUUCCAGCUCACGCAAAUCAAAGGGUAGAUUGGUUGGAUGCUAGAAACAUUUGCAGAGAAUAUUGUAUGGAUCUUGUUUCAAUGGAAACGCAAGAUGAAAAUAACUUAAUCUUCAGACUCAUUCAACAAAAUGAUGUUCCUUAUAUUUGGACUUCCGGACGUCUUUGCGAUUUCAAAGGUUGUGAAAAUCGUCGUGACCUCGAACCUAAAGCUCUUUACGGAUGGUUCUGGUCGGCCAAUAGAAAGAAAAUGUCACCAACAAAUCAAAUCCCUGAAGGUUGGUCCUUCAAUCCAUGGUCUCAAACUGGUCACAAGAAAGUUAGACAACCUGAUAAUGCUGAAUUUGAUAUAAAUGGCACCAGCGAGUCUUGCAUGUCUGUUCUUAACAAUGUUUAUAAGGAUGGAAUCAGUUGGCAUGAUGUGGCUUGUUAUCACCAGAAACCAUUUGUUUGUGAAGAUUCCGAAGAACUUUUGAAUUAUGUGGCCAGCACCAAUCCCAACAUUCGCCUUUAAAGGCCUCGUAAAUAAAUAAUCUACGUCAUUAGCACCUGUUUUACCCGUUUCUCUUGCAGUUUAGACGAGACACGAAUUAAAAACAGACAGAAAACAAAA